AUGAGCCAGCAGGAUGUGGUUGCCGUGCUUUCAGAACGCCUGCUCGUAGCUGCCUACAAGGGCCAAGUGGAGAAUGUGGUGCAGCUUAUCAACAGGGGUGCCAAGGUAGCCGUUACCAAGCAUGGCCGGACGCCCCUGCAUCUUGCUGCCCACAAGGGUCAUCUCCAUGUUGUCCAGGUUUUGUUGAAGGCAGGUUGUGACCUGGACAUUCAGGAUGAUGGUGAUCAGACAGCAUUGCACCGGGCUGCUGUUGUAGGGAACACCGAUGUUAUAGCAACUCUGAUUCAAGAGGGCUGUGCUUUGGACAGACAAGACAAGGAUGGGAACACUGCUCUUCACGAAGCUUGUUGGCAUGGAUUCAGUCAGUCUGCCAAAGUGCUCGUUAAAGCAGGAGCCAACGUUCUUGCCAAGAACAAGGCAGGUAACACCCCUCUUCACCUGGCUUGCCAGAAUAGCCAUUCCCAGAGUACUCGUGUUUUAUUACUUGGAGGAUCUCGAGCAGAUCUCAAAAACAACGCAGGAGAUACCUGUCUGCAUGUGGCUGCUCGUUAUAAUCACUUGCCCAUCAUUAGGGUGCUGCUCAGUGCUUUCUGUUCUGUCCAUGAAAAGAACCAGGCAGGGGAUACUGCGCUCCAUGUAGCUGCUGCUCUCAAUCACAGGAAGGUGGUUAAGCUGCUGCUGGAGGCAGGGGCUGAUGCAUCCGUUGUCAACAAUGCAGGUCAGACCCCUCUAGAGGUUGCCAGACAGCACAAUAACCCUGAGGUUGCGCUCCUCCUCACUAAAGCAUCACAGGUCUCACGCUUUAACCGUGGAAGGAGCCUGAGGAAGAAGAGAGAGCGACUCAAGGAGGAAAGGCGAGCUCAGUCAGUACCACGGGAUGAAGUGGUACAGAGCAAGGGCAGCAUCUCAGCUGCUGAUGACACACCAAGCAGUGACCAGCCACCACAGAAGAAGAGCAAUCUGAAGGAUGAACCCCGGUCAACCUCACCAGAUCCAAAAGGGAAGAAGAGCAAAAAGAAAAAGCCAAAGGAAAAGGUCUCGGCACUCUCAGACCCUAUCUCCCCAGCUGACCAGCAGACACUCCCCCGGGCCCAGCAAAACGUGCCUAAGCGCAGAAGUAAACAUCACUGCUUCUCUCCACCCCCUCCCCACGAGGUCCGAGCCUACCAGCUCUACACGCUCUACCGAGGGAAGGAUGGGAAGGUGAUGCAGGCACCGAUAAAUGGAUGUCGUUGUGAGCCCCUGAUAAAUAAACUGGAGAAUCAGCUGGAGGCAACAGUGGAAGAGAUAAAAGCUGAGUUUGGGACAGUACAAGAUAAGAUGAACAUUAAGCUGGGCCAGAUGGAAACCAAAACUCAACAUCAAGUAAGACUAUGACCUGGAGGUCUGCUUAUGGCUGAGCGGCUCUCAGCAGAGAGGACAGAGUGCCUUCACCGCCUGCAGCAGCACACUGAGCUGGAAAAGAGUGAGGGGGAGAAACGGCAGAUUUCCUUGGUCGAUGAGCUGAAGACUUGGUGCAUGCUGAAGAUUCAGAAUCUGGAGCUCAAGCUCUCUGGAGAUUCCAGGUCAUCAAGACCAAAAUCAACUUUGUCCACUUGUACAGAGCAACAGUUAAUCACUGGUGGACCGGUUUCUUCUUCUGCCCCUGCUCAAGAUGUCAGGCCAAAGGACAAAGCUGUUAGUGCCAGCACUUUCCACAGGCUCCAGCAGGAGCUGCCCUCCUCUGAGCUUUCGGGCUCCAAAUUAAGACAUGUUAAGGUUCAAGCUGCUUUGCAGCCCUUGACUGAACCUGCAAAGACUGAACCACAGAGUGGCUGCUUCAUUGACAAAGGAACGCAGACGAAGAAGUCCAGCAAAAGCGGGCAGUCGAGGCACAAAGCUGUGCACCACGCUGGGGCACAUGCAAGCCAGGAGCAGCAGCCCUCUGUGCUGCCUGGGGGACAGCCACCUGCCCCUGCGCUCAGAGACACCUCCCAGGCCCUGGAGAUAACGCAGUACUUCUUCGAGGCCGUUUCCACACAGAUGGAGAAGUGGUAUGAACGGAAGAUAGAAGAAGCCCGGUGCCAAGCUAACCAGAAAGCGCAGCAAGACAAAGCUGCACUCAAGGAGCACAUUAAAAGCUUAGAAGAGGAGCUCAGCAAAUUAAGGACUAAGGUGCAGAAAGAGAGCUAG